AUGCUAAUAGCUGCCCCAGAGAAAUCCGACGCCCCCAACGGGGAAACCAACGCCCCCAACGGGGAAACCAACGCCCCCAACGGGGAAACCAACGCCCCCAACGGGGAAACCAACGCCCCCAACGGGGAAACCAACGCCCCCAACGGGGAAACCAACGCCCCCAACGGGGAAACCAACGCCCCCAACGGGGAAACCAACGCCCCCAACGGGGAAACCAACGCCCCCAACGGGGAAACCAACGCCCCCAACGGGGAAACCAACGCCCCCAACGGGGAAACCAACGCCCCCAACGGGGAAACCAACGCCCCCAACGGGGAAACCAACGCCCCCAACGGGGAAACCAACGCCCCCAACGGGGAAACCAACGCCCCCAACGGGGAAACCAACGCCCCCAACGGGGAAACCAACGCCCCCAACGGGGAAACCAACGCCCCCAACGGGGAAACCAACGCCCCCAACGGGGAAACCAACAAAUCCGACGCCCCCAACGGGGAAACCAACGCCCCCAACGGGGAAACCAACGCCCCCAACGGGGAAACCAACGCCCCCAACGGGGAAACCAACGCCCCCAACGGGGAAACCAACGCCCCCAACGGGGAAACCAACGCCCCCAACGGGGAAACCAACGCCCCCAACGGGGAAACCAACGCCCCCAACGGGGAAACCAACGCCCCCAACGGGGAAACCAACGCCCCCAACGGGGAAACCAACGCCCCCAACGGGGAAACCAACGCCCCCAACGGGGAAACCAACGCCCCCAACGGGGAAACCAACGCCCCCAACGGGGAAACCAACGCCCCCAACGGGGAAACCAACGCCCCCAACGGGGAAACCAACGCCCCCAACGGGGAAACCAACGCCCCCAACGGGGAAACCAACGCCCCCAACGGGGAAACCAACGCCCCCAACGGGGAAACCAACGCCCCCAACGGGGAAACCAACGCCCCCAACGGGGAAACCAACGCCCCCAACGGGGAAACCAACGCCCCCAACGGGGAAACCAACGCCCCCAACGGGGAAACCAACGCCCCCAACGGGGAAACCAACGCCCCCAACGGGGAAACCAACGCCCCCAACGGGGAAACCAACGCCCCCAACGGGGAAACCAACGCCCCCAACGGGGAAACCAACGCCCCCAACGGGGAAACCAACGCCCCCAACGGGGAAACCAACGCCCCCAACGGGGAAACCAACGCCCCCAACGGGCUGCUAAACUACUGUUUGGUCUUGAUUUUAGAUAAUGAAUCUGAGGGUGAACCACUGGAGUCUCCAUCUGAGGAAGAAUUUCCAUCGCCAAUAGUUCUGGAUUCUACAUCAGAAGAUGAUCUUACUCCUGAGAAGGUUCUACUGUAUGCUGAUGAGAUAGGAACAGCUGCCACAGAGACUAAGUCAACUCAAGGAAGUGGAUGUCCUGAAGGUCAGUGUGGACAACAAACUGCCCAGGGUUCUGGACUACUUCAGUUUCCUUCAGGUAGAGAUAUUGUAGCACCUGAUGGAACAACCUGGAAAGUUGGAGUAUUAGGUGACUGUUCAGCUGGAAGAUAUUCACAACAGAAAGUUUUCAAAGAUAGGACAGGACCAUAUCCACAUGCAAAACAAAAUGUGAAAACUGAAGCACCUCGUGUACUGAGAUCAGAUGAAUGGACUAUAAAAAUUAAAGAACUGGAAGCCUUUAUAGCUAUAUUGUACGUCCAUGGUGCUAUUGGAGCUAAGAGCUUAGAACUGGACACAAGUG